CUGAUUUCUCCGUCAGUCGGUGUCGGUGCGCCCGCGAACCAGGUGUUGCUGUCAAAGACCUGUCCGUCGGGCACUUUCAUGUGACUCCGCUUUUUCGUUUUUCGGUCUGAGAGAACUCAAUUCGGACUCGUCAAAAUGGCAAAGUUGACUGAACCGAUGAUCAUAGCGCGGGCCAAGUCCUCUGACCUGAACAGCAUCAAAAAGCUCAAUUGCUGGGGAAAUGAACUGACUGACGUGAGCUUGCUGCAGCGGAUGCCAAACGUGGAGGUUUUGGCUUUGAGUGUCAACAAAAUCAGCUCACUUGGGGACUUCCGAUGCUGCAGCAAGUUGCGAGAACUGUACUUACGCAAGAAUUUGAUUUCGAAACUCAACGAAGUGUGCUACCUGCAAGAUUGUGCCAACCUGCAAAAUCUCACCCUCUCUGAAAACCCUUGCACCAACGCAGAGGGCUAUCGCCUGUCUGUGAUCAGGGCGCUUCCAAGACUGCAGAAACUGGAUGAUUUGGAGGUUACGGACGAGGAGCGCAGAACUGCCGUUCGGCAGGGUGUUGAUUUGCUGCAUCCAGAGGAUGAAGAUUGCCAGUAUUCUGGCUAUUCACCGCCAGAUCACAAUGGCUAUUCGAACGGCGUCAAGUAUGAGAGUGACGAGCCAACAUGGGACGAGUCUAUCGAGGAGGCUGGCGUCGAACCCAACGGCAGGCAGUCUUCACCUGAAGUAAGCAAUGAGGUGCUGGUGGCCCACAAGAUGUCUCCAGACCAAACGCCGCCUGAAAUGGAGUCUCCUGAGCCGCCCCGCCAAUAUCACGAUGAGUAUGCCGAUCGCCGAAACGCAAACUACAACAACUCGGAGAACCACACUGGCUACAGCCACAGACGUGACAGCACUCAAUCAUACCAUUCUACUGGGCAGUCUUAUCAACAGCAAACUUACCAGCCACCCACCCCCAACAGCCCCGACCCCCUUAUGACCCCCCAGCGACGGCAGAAGGAGGCGUCCCCUGAGGCCGCGCCAUACCUUCCGCCGUCGCCCUCUUCGCCCCCAAUGCUGUCCCAGAACACGCCUAACUCUACCACCUGCUCGCCGUCUGAGCACGGCCCGAGGUUUCGGUCCGAAAGCGAGCCCAGAGUUUACCCUGAGCAGCUGCCCCUGUAUCCGUGCAACCACCAAGACGAAGAGUAUUACUACCGGUCCCAGCAGCAGCCACGACACCGAUUUCAUCACCCCAGUAGCAUCCAGCAGCAUCCACCCUCUGUGCCUAUCACGGGCAACGGCAGACCAAAAUCAAGGACCUCCAACAUUUUGUCGGCCGUACUGUGCCUGCUGAAAGAGCUCGACUACCAGAGCCUCGAGGUCGUGGACAACACAGUCAACGCUCGCAUGAACGAACUGAUGCACGAGCACAACGCCUGAAGAUCAACAAGAAACGCCGCCGCCGUCCUUUUGGCGAUUUUUGUGCUUUUCCCCAAUACUGAUUGCCCAUCGAGUGAGCCUUGAAUCGAAAAAUGGAACUGAAGCAAGGAGAUACAGACUCUAAUCAGUGUGUCCCGACACCUCAUUUUAGAAAAUGCAUUUCCCCAAUUUUUAAGACUUUUGAGUUAUUUUUAGUGCACGCAUAACAAGUGGGAAGGAACUGAUAAAACUAAUUGUCUGAAUAGUUUGGCUAUCAAAAGGGUGGUUUCCAGUGAAGCCUUAUUUUUACUUCUCAAAGACGGCCUUAUUAUAAUCAUUGGAGAUAUGUGUUUGAAAAUUCAUGUUUUCUGUCAGAAAGAGCUCCGUUGCAUUGAGUGAAAAAGUCUUGAGUAGGAUGCCGCAGCUGCCAUUGAUAAUUUUAUAAAUAGUAUACAUGGGAAGAAAGAGCUUAACGUAUUUUCUAGAUAUUUCUGUUAAACCUCCCCAAUUUAAUUCACAGUAAUCGACUAAACUGCUGCAGACCUGAUUUCUAAUAAUUGUGUGAUUAAAAAGAAAUAAAAAACCAGAUACGCAACUGUGAAA